CAUCUGGCAAGGGACAAACAUUGGACGCAAAUGUGAUAGAAGGUGCAGCACGUUAGCCGUGUACAUGCAGGAUGUGAACAAUUUCAACACAGCAAAGGGAGAACAUCUACCUGACGGCGGUGUGCCCUUCUAUGAAAUUGAUCAGACCUCUGAUGGGAAGUUCAUGGCUGUGGGGGCUUUUGAAGCCCCCAUCUUUGAGAAACCUCUGAAAGGACUCUGUCUUCAUCCUUUAAAACGUUUCAAGCAGCUGAGUUUAUUGCACGGGCUGAGGCUGAAGACGCUCUUGGCAGACAUAUUCUCUAAGAAGACACAGGCAGAACGGCCGGCCUACUGGGAGAUGAGAGACAGUGGCUUGGUUACCCUCAACCCAUGCCAGUAUCUGGCCAACCAAGAGGCAGUGUGGGGCAAGUGUGAAGGAUGUGAGUUCCAGAUGGCAGUCCUGGGACAUGGAGCGUGGCUGGCAGACCUGCUGCAGACUGAAAGGUCUGAUGGCCAGUGCUCCAUCUUGGACCAGAAGAAUGAGGACCAGGUCUUUGAGUUGGUGGAACAGAAAAUUGGAGGCACCUAUGGCUCAGAUGGUCCUAGAGCCAUCAUCAAAGCCCUAAACUGCCCACACUCAGACUUUUCAUGA